GUCGCGAGCGCGGGUUUCUGCUCUCCAGCGGUAUUAAACCGCAACCAGUGUCCAAACCGACGCUGUCAGGUGCACGCCACUCGAGACACGACUCGCAACGCACACGAACCACAGUGGUGUAUUUUGAAAAAAUUAAAUAUCGAUAACGUCGUCGUACGCGGUUCGCUGUAGGAAAUUCAAUUUAUAAUUCGCAGUCGAGAAUCAAGACAGUUAUAACUCACGUCAUUGUCGUCGCGAUAAAUACAAUAUAAUAUUAUUAUUAUGAUAUCGUAACAUAUAUCGUCAAUAGAUUCCGCCAACGCCGUCGCCGCCGCUGUUAUAGUGUCGUGUUUUCGCGUAUUUAUAUAAACUUUCGUUGUCGUCGUUUUCGUAAAAUAAUAUAAUAAUAAUAAUAUACAGCCUAAUCGCCGUGAUCGCGCCAUGGGACGAGUUUCGGCAGUAAACACCGUACUCAUCUGUUGCAGAAAUCGGUGCAUUUAAACGAGUCGACGAGUCGACGAACAGCGAAUAGUGUGUACGAACAUGGAUAUUGCCGUGUUGAAAAAAUUGACCAGAUCCGGUUUUAUAUUACUUCAUAUUACCGUGUUGCUGAUCGUGAACGGACAGGUGAAGAGCGCUGGUACGAGAUGGGCAAACGCCGACCUGGAAGCGGCCGACGAGGCGUCGGACGUACAGAUCUACAAAUCCGUUGUGCAGUCAAUGGAAGAAUGGAAACAGCGGAAGAACUCGUCGAAAAGGCAAAAAAGAGCAGAAACGAAUGCCUGCUAUCCGGAAGUGGGUUGCUUCGACACUUCCGGCCCUUACGGUUACAUCGGAAUGGUACCAAACCGUCCGGACGAGGUGAACACGAGAUUUUUGUUGUACAGCUCGCGGAGGAGCCGACGGGACACGCCACUGUUGGACGUGGCGUUCACAAACAUGACGUCCAUCUGGCACUGGGCCGGCAAAGCUUUCAACGUGUCCGCACCCACCAAAGUCAUAGUCCACGGAUUCGGUAGCUCCUGUUCAAACGUGUGGGUGUACGAAAUGAGAUCAGCUCUCAUGGACGUGGUCGACUGCAACGUAAUCUGCGUGGACUGGGAGGCCGGGGCGAUCAUACCCAACUACGUGCGGGCCGCGGCCAACACCCGUCUGGUCGGCAAACAGGUAGCCAUGCUGAUCUCCGGCCUGGCGACCAAGGCGAACCUUCCCAUAGAGAACGUGCACUUGAUCGGCUUCAGCCUUGGCGCGCACGCGGCCGGUUACGCCGGUGCCGAGCUGAAGAACCUGAGCAGGAUCACGGGCCUGGACCCGGCAGGACCGCUGUUCGAGAACCAGGACCCCAAGACCCGGUUAGACUCGACGGACGCCAAGUUCGUGGACGUGAUCCACUCCAAUGGCGAGAACCUCAUACUGGGAGGCCUGGGCGCUUGGCAGCCCAUGGGCCACGUGGACUACUACCCGAACGGCGGCCGCAUGCAGAAGGGCUGCUCCAACCUGUUCGUGGGUGCCGUCACCGACAUCAUUUGGUCUGCGCCCGAAGUGUACGGCAGGAGCCUGUGCAAUCACCGGAGGGCGUACAAGUUCUUCACGGACAGCGUGUCGCCGAGCUGCUCUUUCCCGGCCGUGCCGUGCGAGUCGUACGAGAAGUUUCUGGAAGGCGAGUGCUUCCCGUGCAAGGACAAGUCCAAGUGCGGCAACAUGGGAUACCACUCGGACAAGUCUCCGGGCCGCGGAAAAAUGUACCUGCUGACGAGGGACGAGGAACCGUUUUGUGCGCACCAAUACAUAGUCAAAAUCCACAACUCUCCUAGUGCGUUGCCUGUGGUCAGCUACGGCAAAAUACAAGUUGUUCUGUUCGGUCAACUCGAUAUAAACGAAACGUUUACCAUCACGAACAAAGACGACGCGGCGCUUUCUGUGGGCGAGACGAUGAAAAAGAUCAUCGUGCCACAUCCCGCUCUGCAGGGCUUCAACAGGGUUCAGAUCACGUACACAGCUUACAAAGGAUGGCUGUCAAAUGGGCUGUCCAAGUGGAGUAUCGACAAGUUCAUACUGACCGACAGUUACGGCAAUAGCCAAUCCGUUUGCCAGAGGGGCCUGGUCAUGCAGUCGGAGGUGUCCGUCGUGUUGCCUCUAUACCCGGGUGAUUGCAACCUGCCUGAACUGAUGCUUCAGAUCAACGGCGGCGACAUCAGCGACAAGACGGACCUGCAGAUGCACGGCGGUCAACCGGAAGAGUACGGUCAGCAGCACAUCAACGACACGUCCGCCACGCACAUCUCGGGCGGCGGCGGCGACGUGGACCUGACUGCUCCCGGUGAUCUGGCCGCCGCCGCCGCCGGAUCAGCGGGGCUGAGCGCCACGCUGGGCGUGGGCAUCAAGGAAUACAUGAACGUGCCGUGGAUGCCGCUGGUGGACAUCGAGGCGGGCCCGGCAGGCAACAGUCUGGACCCGUCGUCGGACAGGCGCGAACAGUCGGGCCGCGGAUUCACGGCCAACGGGGCCGGUCGGACGGGCAACAGGACGGCCACCGGCGGUGCACCGGCUGUCCGUCCCGCCGCAGAGUCGGACGAUCAGUUCCCGUACGACGAAGUGGUGCAGGCGACGGUCAGCCGAGCGGGCGCCGGAAACGGGACGGCCGGAGAGAUCCGCGAACCUGUGCUACGGCCCAAGAGCCGUUUCCGGAUGUACCGAAUGCCGGACGGAACCUCCGCCGCCGUCAGUGGCGUCGUUAACGGAACUACGUCGUCAUCGUCGUUACCGACGCAGCAGAACGCCGGUAACGCAUCGUCCGCGACCACGUCUGAACGGUCAUUCAUCGUUCACCUGUUACCGCAAAAACUGAUGAACAUGAUAGAACAGGCCGAAAGGUACGCUCGGAUGGCGUUCUCGCCGUUCAUGUGGCCGACAAAGGAACGUGCGCAACGCGCGCUCAAAAACUUCCCAAGGUUUUUGUUCAAUGACAACAAGACGUCCGAACAAGUUGUCAACGUUCAACUGGACGAGAGUCCCAAGAGGUACAUACCGCUGACGUUCGGCAACGACCAUCCUGACGAACAAGCGCAACAGUCCAGCGGACGGGCGACGCUGAUCGAGGCGAGAAUCGUGCCCGCGAUGACCGACGACAGCCCGAUCGUCGAAGAAGACAUAGACUUAUCCAAAGAAGACAUUAGAUAAAAUCCCGCUAAAAUUUAGUCCAUAGUUUUAUAUUAUUAUUAUUAUUAUUAUUCGGGUAGUGUGUGCGUGUGUAUGUGUGUGUGUGUGUGUGUGUGUGUGUGUGUGUGUGUGUGUGUGUGUGUGUGUGUGUGUGUG